AUGCAGCAAAAAAAUUUUGUUGCAGUGGUCGCCACACUUUGUGUGGUUCAUGCCAUAUAUCGAGCCUACACUAUCCGUUUGAUUUCAGUUAGUUUGUACGGCAAAGUCAUUCAUGAAUUUGAUCCCUGGUUUAACUUCCGUGCGUCGCAGUACCUUGACGAGCACGGGUGGUACGCCUUUUUCCACUGGUACGACUACAUGAGUUGGUACCCACUUGGGAGGCCCGUCGGCACAACCAUCUAUCCUGGUCUGCAGCUCACGAGCGUCGCCAUCCGCAGGGUCCUUGCCAUGCUGGGGGUAAACAUGACAAUAAACGAUGUGUGCGUUUACAUCCCCGCAUGGUUUGGGAGCAUUUCUACGAUUUUAUGUGCGCUUUUGGCCUAUGAGUCAUCACGCUCAUUUGCCGGCGCUGCCAUAACUGCAUCCUUGUUUGCCAUCAUCCCCGCCCACCUGAUACGCUCCAUGGCAGGCGAAUACGACAAUGAGUGUAUUGCGAUGGCGGCGAUGCUGCUCACCUUCUACCUGUGGGUGCGUUCGCUGCGCGGGCCCGGCUCCUGGCCCAU